GAUUACCGAAUGGCGAACAUGCACUCAUUUUGCAUCAGGCUGGUGAUUUAUCCAAUUCAUGCGCUAAUAUUGGCCCCGUUAUGGCACCUGACAAAAAAUUUAAUGUAUCCGCUAUAUUUGGAGAUAUUAAAGCGGAUGGUAUUAAAAAUGCAACAAUUGAUCGAGAAAUUGACUGGCCGCAAGAUAUCUCACUUAUUGGUCAUUCGUUGGCGAUUCAUAAAUUAUCAGUAAUGGAAUGGUCAUUACGUAGCAAAGAUAUACUACCACUGGCUUGCGGUACGAUUGGUUUUGCAUCAUCGUGA